CAGGGCUGGAGGAGCUUGGCUGGAAUAACCAGUGUGGGAGCCGCCAGGGGCUGCCCCGAGCAGAGGAGCGGUGGGAAGCCAGGCAGGAGGAGCAGGAGGAGGAAGAGGAGGAAGAGGAGGAGGAGGAUGUCGGCGCUCAGCGCGUUGCCCUUCCUGAAGCCGGUGCACCUGCGGUCGCCCCGCAGCUCGCCCGGGGGCCAGCGCCGGCACACGCUGCCCGCCAGCGAGUUCCGCUGCCUCAGCCCCGAGGACGCCGUCAGCGUGUUCGAGAUCGAGCGCGAAGCCUUUAUAUCGGUUUCUGGGGACUGUCCCCUGCACCUGGAUGAGAUCCGCCACUUCCUGAACCUGUGCCCGGAGCUGUCCCUCGGCUGGUUUGAGGAAGGGCGGCUCGUGGCAUUCAUCAUCGGCUCCCUCUGGGACCAGGAGAGGCUCAGCCAGGCAGCACUGACCCUGCACAAGCCGCAGGGCUCGGCCGUGCACAUCCACGUGCUGGCCGUGCACCGCACCGUGCGCCAGCAGGGCAAGGGCUCCAUCCUCAUGUGGCGCUACCUGCAGCACCUGCGCUGCCUGCCCUUCGCCCGCCGUGCUCUGCUCAUGUGCGAGCACUUCCUCGUGCCCUUCUACCAGAAGUGCGGCUUCGAGGCGCUGGGGCCCUGCGAGGUAACCGUGGGGGAGCUGGCCUUCGUGGAGAUGCAGCACGCCGUGCAGGGACACGCCUUCAUGCGCAGGAACAGCGGCUGCUGAGGCCCCUCUGCGCUGCCCUGCCUGGGGCUGAGAGGCUGUGACUGCUCUGCAUUCCCACCACUGUGAUCCAGCUUCCCUGGCUGGCCCUGGCUACAGCUAUCCCUCUGCCACAUCAGCCUGGCCCCAUCCCAUCCCUGCAGGGCUGGGCACAGAAAUUCCUGCUGGAAACACCAAAUCCCUGGGCUCUGCUUUAGCCAGGGCUGUGCUGGCAGGUCUGGGUGGGCUGCAUGAGCCCCCUGGGCUGGAAAGGCUUUGCCCUGGGAAUGGCUGGGGGCUCUGCUGGUUUGAGGGCACUGCAGUUUGCUGAGACACCCAGCAGAGCCCCUGCAAACACAUGCCCCAGCCUGGCACUCCUCCCACCAUCAGCACCACCACGAGUGGAGCACACCAUGGCCAAGCCCUCCUUGAGCAGCCCCCAGAGUAGUGAGGGGCCCUGGCAGCCACUCCCUGCCCACAGACAUCCUUCCAGACCCCUUGGAGCACAUUCCCGAGCCUUCCCAGGGAACCAGUCCAAACUAUUUGGUCCUCCCUGUCCCAGACCCACAACCAGCCCAGGACAAGCCUUCUGCAAACAACUCAGGUUGUUGGAGAGCAGCAAAUAAAGAUGUGGUGAUGAUUUUCUACACAGCCUGUG